AUGCAUAUGAGUGUCCCAACACUACCUGCCGCCGAUGUGGUAGCAAAGACCACAAAGGGAAUACCUGCACCACCACAGGCAAACUCACAUGCGACCAUUGUAGACACUCCACCGGCCACACGACUGCAGCGUGUAUUCGCGGCAAAUGCAACUCAUCUACCACUGCCACCAACUGAGAUGCCAGGCCCCGCACCGAUACCGCCUUCAUCGACUCAGGGACAGAUAUCUCCAUCGUCACCUCCACCGAUCACCUCACCGACCUUCAGUCCGGCACAUAUAUUAUUGAACUGGCUGGCGGCUCUACUACCACCACAUACACACGCGGUACCAUCCCUGGCAUCGGCCCUGCCUUCGUGCUACCCACCGCUGCCCAUCAAUCUAUCCUCUCCGUCCGCAACCUCCAACGCAAUGGCUAUACAGUCACUUUCCCCGAGAUCAACACACCCAAUAAUCCCGGCGAGUGUCACAUCACCUACGGAACUGACACCAUUCAGAUCGUCACCGAAGCCGCCGGUCGCUACAUACUCAACGCCUUCCAAGCUGAGAACCUCACGCUUCGGACACCAGUCCACACGCGCCACCAAAGCUAUGGCUAUUGCUAACAACCUCCCCAUCAAACCGCCAAUAGCCUACUGCAACGAUUACCAACUCGCACCCGAUCUCUUCGAAGACCACGUCCAAAAACCCUUCGGUCUCAUCGACAUCGACUUGUUUGCAUCCAAACAUAACAAGCAAGUACCCGCUUACUGUACUGAAGACUACAUCGACAAAGUCACGCCCUACCACGAUACAUAUAAACAAAACUAG